GAAUACAACCAAUCCAAGAUAUAUGCCGCGCGUUUUGACUGAGGCGUUAGUUGCGUGCGCGCAGUUCGGUGUCGUCGGUUAUUUCGUUGUGUUCUGUGCUGUGUUUGUGGCUGAAAAACUUUUAUUUAUUGAGAGAAAUAUUGAACAUGGAGCCCUUACAAGUAGACGUAGUGCACUUUUAUCCGAGAGAAAACGCACAGCCUCAUAAUACAGUCAAAUUCGAAGUAGUAAACGAAGAAACACCUGUAUGCACAAUAGUGCGGAGAGGCCAACCCUUUAACGGUGUAGUCAGAUUCAACCGGCCAUAUGAUGAGAAUGAUGACCUGGUGCAAUUUGUUUUUACCCUGGGAGACAAGCCUCAACUAGAUACCCAGGGUUCAAUCUACCUGAAGCGUGAUGCUAUCACUGACAAAUACACGUGGUCCGCGAAGCUUCUGUCAGUACAAGAAGAUAAUACUCUAUCUUUUGAGAUAUCAACACCAGUAACAAUGCCUGUUGGCUGCUGGUCAUUACGCGUAGUCACACGGACAAAAAGCUCGCAAGCCCGGGAAGUGUACGACUUUGACCAGGAUAUUUACUUUUUGUUUAACCCAUGGAACCCAGAUGACCAAACGUUCAUGGAGGACACGUCGCUCCUGCAGGAGUACGUGCUGAACGAUGUGGGCAAGGUGUGGGUCGGGCCCAUCAAGAGCACGCGCGGCAAGCCCUGGCUGUACGGGCAGUUCGACGCGUGCGUGCUGCCCGCCUGCAUGCUCAUGCUGGAUCGCGCUGAGGUGCCUUUUCAACACCGCGGCGACCCAGUGAAGCUGACGCGCGCGAUAUCCCGCGUAGUGAACUCGAACGACGAGGGCGGCGUGCUGGUGGGGCGCUGGGACGGGGAGUACGGGGACGGCACCGCGCCCGCCGACUGGGCCGGCUCCGUCGACAUCCUGGCGCAGUUCCUCGACACGCAGGAGCCCGUGCAGUACGGCCAGUGCUGGGUGUUCGCGGGCGUCGUCACCACUGUUUGCCGAGCUCUCGGUAUUCCCUCUCGCGUGGUAUCGAACCUGGUAUCAGCUCACGAUGCAAACAGCUCCCUCACAGUGGACAAGUACUACACCGAAACUAUGGAAGAAAUGGACUAUGACCCCAACAACCCACAGGGUGCUGACUCCAUCUGGAACUAUCAUGUCUGGAAUGACGUUUGGAUGGCCAGACCUGAUCUUCCACCUGGCUAUGGUGGCUGGCAAGCAAUAGAUGCUACUCCUCAAGAAACAUCAUCAGGCCAGUACCAGUGUGGGCCGGCUCCACUGGAAGCGAUUAAACAAGGCGUGAUAGGUUUGGGAUACGACGUAGAGUUUAUGCUGGCUUCAGUCAACGCUGACCUGAUGAGAUGGAGGAGAGACCCUGACGAGGAAACUGGUUUCUCUAUGGUGGAUACAAACAACUACCACAUUGGCCGAAUGGUGCUAACAAAGAAGCCGUUCGUGUUCGACCCGCUCGGCGACGCGGACCGCGAUGACGUCACGGCACUCUACAAGCACCGCGAGGGGACCGCCUCCGAGCGCCUCGCGCUGUGGAACGGCGUGCGAUACUCGGAACGGGCCAAGAGAUACUAUGCAGUAGCGGCCUCCUUAACCAACGACGUGACCUUUAAGCUGCGAGACAUCGACACAGUCCCCAUCGGCAAAGACUUCAGGGUCACUGUGGAUAUCGAGAACACAUCAGAUCAGGGUCGUAACAUUAAAGCAGCACUUUCAGCCACCAGCGUGUUCUACAAUGGUGUCAAAGCUGAUCUGUUAAAGAAGGUCGAGGGCAAGAUAUUCGUGGGACCUCAGAAAAAGGAGCAAAUUAGCAUACUAAUAACAGCAGAGGAGUAUCUGCCCAAGUUGGUGGAGUAUUGCAACAUAAAGAUCUCAGCAAUGGCCAUCGUGGACGACACCAAGCAGUCCUGGGCUGAUGAUGACGACUUCCAAGUGCUUAAACCCAAUAUAGACAUUAAAUUCAAUGAGGAUCUGAUCCUGGGCACCCCGAGCACGGUGGAGCUGUCGUUCCGCAACCCGCUGGACCGCGCGCUGUCGGGCGGCGAGUUCCGGCUGUCGAGCGGCGGCGCCGCGCCGCGCUCCGUGCGCGUGCCGAGCGCGCCCGCCGCCGCCGGGGGGCUGGUCGCCGCCACCCUCCCCGUGCAGCCCACUAAAUUGGGCAAAAUCAACUUCGUAGCGACAUUCAAGUCAAACGAACUGAAGGACAUCAAUGGAGCAGCCUCUGUUGAAGUUUUCGAAGCGUAAAGUUUAAAUAGAAUAUAAUACGUUUGUCUAUAAAUACUUUGUAUUAUAAAUUUAUAUUGAUAUUAAUGAGAGUUGUACUUUUAAAUUUAAAGUUGUAGAUUUAAUACAUGAAAGAAAAAUAUUGUAGAGUUAAAGUCACAAAAAAAAAUACAAUUAUUAUAAAAACGAUCUUGCUAGAGAUUUAACGGCAUUCAAUUGUACUUUGUGUAAAAAGUUUACAGCAGAGAAUAUAAAAUAUUAUGUACGUUUUAGUAAUGCAUAAUUCACGUUUAUGUAUUAAUUAUCUUUAUAAGUUAUCUGAAUAGAAUAAGCAAUUAUACUCAUUAAUUUAGUGCCAUAAAAUGGUAUCGAUGGUAGCUUUACCUCCCUUUUAUAAUCUAUAUUUUUACAAGGAUACAAAAUAAAAAACC